AUGCAUUCCCACGUCGCAGCUACCGUCUUCGCUGUCGCCACUGGCGUCAGCCUCGUCCAGGCCCACGGAUACGUCGACUCCUGGAACAUUGGAGGUGUCGAGUACAAGGGUUUCGACCAGCAGUACCAGACCGACGCGUCGCAGCUUGACGAUUUCAUCGCUUGGUCCACGACGGCAUCUGACAACGGCUUUGUCGCUCCUAGCGCCUACGGAGACGCCGAUAUAAUCUGCCACAGGGGUGCCAAGAACGGAGUUCUGAACAAUGCAACUGUUGCCGCCGGUGAGAAGAUCAGCAUGACCUGGAACACCUGGCCUGAGUCUCACCACGGUCCCGUCAUUGACUACCUUGCGCCUGCGGAUGACCCGACUACUGUCGACAAGACCACGCUCAAGUUCAUCAAGAUCCAGGAGGCCGGCCUCAUCUCCGGCUCGUCCCCAGGAACCUGGGCCAGCGACGAGCUCAUCAGCAACUCCCUGACCCAUGAGGUGACCAUCCCGGCCAACCUGAAGCCCGGCAACUACGUGCUCCGUCACGAGAUCAUUGCUCUGCACUCGGCUUCCAACGCCGACGGCGCUCAAAACUACCCCCAGUGUGUCAACCUGAAGGUCACUGGCAGCGGUACCGAGCAGCCUGAGGGAACUCUGGGAACGGCGCUGUACAGUGCCGAUGAUGAGGGUAUCAACUUCAACCUCUACACCACCUUCGACUCCUACCCGAUCCCCGGCCCCGCGCUGGCUUUCAGCAGCACCAAGAGGGAGGAGCCCGCCCGCAACCACGCCCGUGACUUCAAGAGCUUCGUCCAGGACGUCAACAACUUCUUCAGCGGCAAGACCACCAAGACUUCGGAGGAGACUAAGAACUAA